AUGGUAGACCAGAUGACCCGAACCCUUCUCCAAGUGAGGUCAUCAAAAGCGUUCCUCGUCUUCGCAGUUUGCUUUGCUAUAUCGACAAUUGUUCCAUUCGCUCCAACAGCGCUACACGAAAAAGCUGGACUUCCUCUAGAUGAUGUACCGCGUUGGACCUCAAUUCUUCUUACACUUUACGGAGCUGCCAACACCGUCGUUUCUCCCAUAUGCGGAUAUAUCACCGACCGCGUUCAGUCACGCCAGCGGCCAUUUCUCAUCGGUUUGUUGAAACUCGCCACUGCAACCGCGUUACUAUGCGUUGGAAAACACCUAUCUCUAUGGAUCAUAGGCAGGCUGCUUCAAGGAGCAUCUGCAGCCGUUGUGUCAACAGUAGGAAUAGCAAUACUGGUUGACAACUUCGAUGGUGAGGCGGCACUUGGCCAAACACUUGGAUAUGUCGCAAUGGCCACUAUUGUCGGAACGACCGCUGGACCACUAUUGGGUGGUGUCCUGUACGAGCAUGGAGGCUAUUAUGCCCCAUUUGGCUUGGCCUUUGGACUGCUGGUAUUAGACUUCAUCUUCCGCCUCAUGAUGGUCGACUCCCGGGUGAUAGUUGAGCACUCCAAUUCAGGGCAUCCAACUACUUCAGACGAAGAAAGCUGGACUGAUAAAAGUAUCCUCGACAAAAAACAAACGAGCGUGGAAUCAAGGGUUCCGGAACCUCUGCACGACAACUCUCGCUCCAUUGGCUCGACUCUCAUUUUGCUACGAUCUCCGCGAAUGCUUACGGCACUCUUGGUGUAUCUGAUCAUUUCUACUUCCAUGACAUCAUUCGAUAGCGUGCUUCCCAUUUUUGUGCAUAAUACGUUCGCAUGGGCCCAGACAGCUCAGGGGCUUAUCUUCAUCUGUCUGAUGGUCCCUCAAGUCAUGAGUCCUUUGUACGGUUAUACCAUCGAUAGAUGGCCUAGGCUCCGCCGGUAUCAGGCCGCGUUGGCUCUCCUUGGGGCGGUUCCUAUACUGGUUUGCUUUCGAUAUGUGACACAGAAUACACUGGAGCAUAAGGUUCUUCUCUGCGCAUUGCUCGCACUAAUAGGGACGUGCUUUGCAAUCCUGGAGCCACCAAUCAUGGUGGAGAUAUCCUCCAUCGUAGAACAAAUCCAGUCUAAACACCCCGGGAUUUUCGGGAAAGGAGGAGCCACAGCGUUCGCUUACGGAUUAUCUAACUGUGCUUUUGCAGCGGGUGCUAUGGUCGGGCCCUUUCUUGGUGGAUGGGUUCGGGAUACGUACGGAUGGGCCACUAUGGGAUGGGUUCUUGCGUUGCCUCUAGGGGCAUCUAGCCUCCUCGUGCUUGGUUUCUUUCGUUGA